AUGAAACUUUGUUCAGCACGUCCUCUUGUUCAGCUGCUGUAUCCAAAGCUCCGAAUUGCCAUGAGUACACUUGCCACUGGGACCUUCCAGAAUUCCCUGCCUCUCAAUUAUCGUGGAGGGAGCAGAGUGCAGCCUAUAGACUCCGUAGGAGAAGAAAAGGCUUAUGAACCAUCCACAGGACGUGUCAUUACAACUUUUACUAACUCUGGAGAAAAAGAGGUAAAUGAGGCCAUUCAAAGUGCCAAAGCUGCUUUCAAAAUAUGGAGCCAGAAAUCUGGAAUGGAGCGAGGCCGUGUCUUGUUGGAGACAGCCCGCAUUAUUAGGGAACGUAGUGAGGCGCUUGCUACCAUGGAAACCAUAAACAAUGGGAAAUCUAUCUUUGAGGCUAGAGUGGAUAUAGAGAUUUCAUGGCAGACACUGGAAUAUUAUGCUGGACUUGCUGGUAGUAUGGCUGGUCAACAUGUGCAGCUUUCUGGAGGUUCAUUUGGUUACACAAGAAGGGAACCUCUUGGAGUUUGUGUUGGUAUUGGUGCUUGGAACUACCCCUUCCAGAUUGCAUGCUGGAAGGCUGGACCAGCUCUUGCUUGUGGAAAUGCCAUGGUGUACAAGCCUUCUCCCUUCACUCCAAUAACUGUAGUUUUGCUGGCUGAGAUCUUCAAAGAGGCAGGCGGUCCACCUGGUCUCUUCAAUGUGGUGCAAGGUGGGGCCACCACUGGAGAAUUCCUCUGUAAGCACCCAGAUGUGGCAAAAAUAUCCUUCACUGGCAGUGUUCCCACUGGCUCAAAGAUCAUGGACAUGGCAGCCAGAGGCAUUAAACCUGUGACUUUGGAGCUUGGCGGAAAGUCUCCUCUCAUUAUCUUUUCUGACAGUGACCUGGAAAAUGCUGUGAAUGGUGCAAUGAUGGCAAAUUUCCUCACACAAGGACAGGUGUGCUGCAAUGGAACACGUGUGUUUGUUCAACGGGACAUUCUGGAGAAGUUUACUGAAGCCGUAGUGAAGAAGGUAAACAAAAUAAAAAUUGGAGACCCUCUUUUGGAAGGCACCAGGAUGGGACCACUUAUUAACCGCCCUCAACUGGAAAAAGUAUUUGGUUUCAUUAAGGGUGCCAAGGAACAGGGUGCAAAAAUCUUGACUGGAGGAGAUCCCUACAUUCCACAAGAUCCUAAACUGAAAGGAGGAUUUUUCAUGUACCCCUGUGUACUAGGAAAUUGUGCUGAUGACAUGACCUGUGUAAAAGAAGAAAUUUUUGGCCCCGUGAUGUCAAUCCUGCCCUUUGAUACAGAGGAAGAAGUUUUGCAAAGGGCAAACAACUCAAACUAUGGUUUGGCUGGAGGAGUUUUCAGCAGAGAUCUACAGCGUGCUCACAGAGUAGUCGCUGCUUUACAAGCUGGAAUGUGCUUCAUCAACAACUAUAAUGUGAGCCCAGUGGAACUGCCCUUUGGAGGCUACAAGAUGUCUGGCUUUGGACGUGAAAAUGGCCAGGUGGCUAUAGAGUACUAUUCACAGCUCAAGACUGUCUGCGUAGAGAUGGGAAAUGUCGAGUCUGUGUUUUAA